GUCCGGCUAUCCUACCUUCUUCUUCGAGCCUCAGACUCAGUCUCCUAUCUACGGGUUGCCUCAGCUCGGGUCGGCUCAUCGCCACCAUCAUCAUCAUCACCACCCCCACCCCGCUCAUCCCGGACAGGCCCGCUCGAGUCCCUUUGAUGGACAUCGAGCUUCGCCUCCUUCCGUCUACGCUACCUCGUUCGGCAACGACAACAACGACCUAGACGCUCAGGAACAACAACUUGUCGCUCAGCUCGAACGUCUCCGAGCUCGCAAGGCCCAAGCACAAGCUCAGGCUGCGGCCGUGGCCGAGAAGAAGCGUCGAGAUGAAGCCAACGCCAAGUUGUACCAAGAGAUGCAACGACGGCUCGCUCUCGAACGUCAGAGGCAACAACAACACGAACGACUCGAGGCCGAGCUCGCUUACCGACAACAAGUGCAAGAAGCUCGUCAGGUCGCCGCUUUGAGAGCCAUUCAGAACGCUCGUCAACAGGCCGCGGAGAUCGAGGCCGCUCAGGCUAGGGAACGACGAGCUAGGCAGAUUCAGGCGCAACAGCAGUACUUUGCGCAACAUCAGCGCGCGCAGGAAGAGAGGCAGAGGCAGAUCAAGCAGAGGGAGGAGGAACAGAGGAGGUUGGCGCACGCUCAACAGGCUCAGCAGGCCGCUAGGCAGAGUCAGGCUAGGGAGCAGGCGUUCUGGAAACAGUUCGAGAGGUGUGUAGCGACUACCGGAUCGAUUGAUGGGGAGCAAUCGACUGAUCUGCUUCUCCUUCCUGAUCAUAGUGCUUGCGCUCCUCCUACUUGCCGACGAACCUCGACCCCUGCGACUCCCGCUCAUAGUCGGCUACAGGCCCAAGCUCAAGCUCAGGCUCAGGCUCGCACUCGCGCUCAGCCCGAGCCCAAGGAGGACGAAUCCAUCUCCGGCUUCCCGGUUGAUAUCCUCAAGAUGAUCUUCGGACCCGACGUCUUUGUCGCUCAGCAAACCGCUGGAACGCAGGAGACCGGCCGACAAUCCGCUUCGGCUUCUCAGGCUCAGUCACAGGCGGCUACCCCCAAGCCCGCUACCCCGGUCCAGGCGGAGACGAAGGCCGCUCCUUCCGCUCCUGUUAACCAGGAGGCCGACAAAGCCGCUCAGGACGAUGUCGCCCAGAAAUUCAUCGAUGACCUCUUUGGAGCUUUCUCUCACGCUUUCGGGUUGAACGAUGAGGACGACGAGAAGGAACGCGAGGAGAAGAAGGAAGACAAACCCGCCGCUGCUCAGACCAAGGACGAGCAACCUGCUCAGGCUCCCGCUGCCAAGCCGGUCGAGAAAGCUCAGACUACGACCGAAGAGGCUAUCCCGGAGACCCCCGCCGCCCCCACCGAAGCUCCCACUCCCAAGACGGCCACCGAGGACGACGAAGUUCCCGUCUCCGCCGCCGACCUCGAAGCUGAAAAGGCUCAAGCGACCGCCGAUCUCAUCCAGGCCAAGUACCGUCAACACCUCCUCCGGGUCACCCGGCUCGAAAAGCUCGAAGCCCUGGAAAACAAGUUGGAGAAGCUCGACGAAGGGUGGACCUUUCCCGACAAGCUCGACUUCCUCCCCGAGGCUUCGCACGACCGUACCAGCCAGAUCAAGGUCGACGCGAUCGCCGACCCGGUGGAUUCGGCUUCGAGUCAAUCGGAGAACCUGAUCGUGCCCCCGCUCGCUUUCACUCCGACCAACGUGCCUUACCACGCUCACGCUCAGGCGUUGUUGGGCUUGCUCGUUGCUGCGGAUGCCAUCUCUAGCGACGGAGACGAGCAGGUGAGGAACGCCAGGAGGGAGUUUGUGAGGACGGUCGAGGGCAAGUUGGGCGAGAUGGAAGUCGGAAGGAGGAGGGUUUGGGAAAAGUUGAGGGGCAAGCAGGUCGAAGAGGUCAAGGUUGGCGAUGAAGUCAAGGCUGAGGAUCACCCAGCCACAGAGGAGGAGCAGGCUUCUAUCGAGGAAAACAAGCCGGUCGAGGAGGACAAGGAGGCGACAUACGAGGCCACUCCCAUCGCUCUUCCUUCUCAAGAACCUCUCCCUACGACGACUACCCACGUUACCGAGCCUUCCACCGAACACGACAAGCCUACCGAGCCCACCAAAUCCGACGAAUCGAUUGAGCAAGCUACGGCCGAUAUCGAAUCUACCCGUCCGCUCGAGGACGUCAAGGCUCAAUCCGCCGACGACGAGGAUGGCGAUGUCGAAGCCGGUCGAGCUUUCAGCGAUAGCGAGGACGAGGACCAGAAGGCCGAGGACGAGGAGAAGAGCAAGAAGGAACAGGUCGACGAGUUUGUGGUCGUAUAAGGCGGAACGAGAUGCACGAUAGGUUCGAUGUUAGGCGGAUAUAUAUAAAGUAUGACAUAAAGUAUUGGUUUCGACGAUCUCGAUUAUGGUAAUAUGUACAUAGCUACCUCGAUAGAUAAAAUAAACGCUCUGGAUAUAUUCGAUGAAAUGAUACCCUUGGAUAUGUUCACUCUCGCCACUUCUGAAUCUUCAACUCGGACAUCGAACUUUGUUUGACUGUUCUUCUUCGCUGAUGACCGCGUCCGAUCUCAUGUGUGUACUGGUCCUGCUCAUGUUCUUGGAUUCGCUGGCCGGGCUUGCGCCACUUGCUACUGUUUGUCAAACGCAAAUCUACUGUCUGCCGCUCAGACUCACUUCUUAGUCCUCUUUGAAAGCCGAUCUUCCUGGCUCAUGAUUUCACAAGAAAACCUCAUCAAUGAACCCAUAUAUCAGUCACCGUGUUGAAAGCGAUGAAGACUAUGAUCACAGAUCGGGCUGUCUCAAACGUCUAGGACGUAC